UUAAAUUGAAAUUGAGUUUGGGCAAUUAUUAAAUUUACAAAUGCAGAAUCGGUAUAUUCGGAAUAUGUGUGAAGAUGAGAUAUAUGAGAGACUUGUAGAGAGUGAUAGCAAAGAUUCUUAUAUAGAGACACUGAGGAAGAGAAUCAAGCUCUUGCAACAUGAGUUGCAUCUUUCUUCGAGUAAAAAUAAGCAAUGUUUGAAAGACAUUAAAUAUUGGCAGGAUUGCUCACUCACGCGGCUGCUAGACCUUGAGACGUUGAAGCUUCAAAAUGUUAAAUCUAUAAAGAAAAGAGAUUCAAUUAUUCAAUCAAAGAGUCAGACUACUGAUUCAAACUCACCUUGUUCUAAUUGUGAGACUCUACUGUCUAAACAAGCAGAGGCCCAGGAGCUAUUAGCAACAACAGAAAGGAGCCUGAGCCAAACUAAGGAAGCCCUCACAAUGUCUAAUGAAAGAAUAGAAAUACUUUCCAAAGAGUAUGAUGUUCUAACAAAAUCCUACAAGCAAGAACAAGCUGAAGGAUCAAAACUCAAAGAUGAGUUUAACCAGUUCAUGGUUGAAUCUGAUAAAAAUCUAAGUAAGUAUGUUCAUGAUAGAGAACUAGCAGAAUCAAGAUGAAAGUCUCUUUCAAAGGAAGUCUCGCAGCUCAAGGUCCAAAAAGAUGCCACUGCCAAGGAAAUAUUAUGAUUCAUCGAGAAGCUAGAUACUUCCUCAAAAGAGGUUAAAAAUCUCCAAAAUCUACUGAAGCUUUCUGAAGUGAAGAAUAGCUCACUCCAAACCCAACUCCAGCAAGAGACCGAUACCAAAGAUGCUGAGAUUAAGAAGCUUAAUUCUAAGAUUGAUGCUCUUGAGAAGUCUCUGAAAGAAUCUGAAGAAGCUCAGAAAGCCCUUGAGCAUAAAAGUAAGGAGUACCUCAGAAAGACGUUGAAGACCAGCACAGAAGUAAAUAGGCUUAAAGCUAACCUUUCUCAUUCCAAAUAACGAGGCGAAGAAACUCAGGGAAGAGCUUAGUAGCUAUAAGACUGCCUCAGAGGAAGGUAAACAGUCCUUAGAAGCAUCAUCAACUAAGGAAGAGGCUUCCCUCACCAGAGAUAAUAAAUUCUCUGCAGCUAAUUCCGAUUUUGGAUCUCCUAAAAGCUGUAAGUCUUUUGUUAGUGACGGGACAAAGCUCAGCAAACAUUCAAGGCCAUUUUUCCUUCCCAAUAACUUGGUAAAGCGAGAGCAGAGGCUUACUGGAAAUCUGUCAGAAUUUGAAGCUAGAUCAAGAAGGUUAUCAGAGGUUUCUUCAGAGAGUAUAUUUGAUUUUCCUAAACUCUCCAGUACAGGUAUGACUCUCCCUGAAAAAGAGAGCUAUCUGAAAUCCUACGAAAUAUCUCUCUUAGCUAAGAUAGAUGACCUGAAGCAGAGAGAACUGGAUCUGAAAGAGCAGGAGGGAAGCUUAAGUUACUUUCAAGAUACAGUCUCAGUACUAAAAUCCAGUCUUGCAGCUGCUUCCAAAGAAAACGAGACUUUAAGAAGAGUUUUCACAGAAUAUGUCACUACUAAUGAUGAAGAAGUUGCGAAACUAAAAUCUGCAAAUGAGAGAAUUCAGAAGCGUGAGGAUGAGACUAAAGAUGUCAAUGAUAAAAAUUUAUCCAUGCUCAAAGAGCAAACCCAAGCAAUACUUGAACUUCAGAAAGAUAUUGAGCUCAAAGAGGCAAUUAACCAAGAACUCAAAGACAGUGCCCAUGAUGCCCUCAACUCCCAAGCGUCCUUAAAGGAGAGAGUUGAAGAACUAGAAGCAGAAAUAAGAGCUUUUAAAGACAAAAAGCCCAAGAAGGGUAUAGAGCUGAAAGAAAAGAAUGACAAUGAUAAAAGAAUUGAGGAGGUUAAGAAAGCUCAAUUUAUUAAAGAACAAGAAGAGUAGUAGCGAUCGUU